UUUGACAGAGACACAUAAUUAUUCGAAUUGUAGUACUAGAAUAUCUAUACACACAGAAGUGGAACAGGCUUCUCUCAUCCACGCAAGCAAGGCAGCCCCUAUUGAUGGGGCUGCCAUGCCUGCAAGCGAGUUGCUCUGAUGCCGUAGCAUCCCUUCGUAGCAUAUCCAAGACAAAAUAGAGGAGAGAGAUAAAACGCAUGACAGAUUAAGGAAAAUAGCACACAAGACACACACACGCACACACAAAUUUUUAAGGAAAGAAGAGAAGAAAAAAGGAAAAAGGAAAAAAGUAUAAGAGAAGAAUAAGUAAAAAGGUUCAAUGAAGAAUAGCAAUCUGUAUAUCGAACAAGGUAUCUGGAGAAUUCGGAAAGGCCAAUGAUAAAAUCAGACUUGCAAUGCCAGCGAGAAGCGGCAGCAAACAGUUAAAAUCCAAGAGCAGAAAACACACAAGACAGAAAGCAGAAAAGAAAAGUAAAAGAAAAGUAAACAGCCGCUGCAAAUCAAAAGUAAAAAAUUACCAAGAUAAAAGGAGAAAAAGGCAGCAAAAGGCCAUUAGAAAGAAGAAGAAAGGGAAAAAAAGGAAAAUGCGAAAAAGGCGGCAUCACCAUCAUGGACCAGCCAAUCAACCUGCCCUCGCAGUUCAUUAGCUUGCGCUGGCGCUGUGUCGAGAUCCAUAGAUCCAAAAAAAAUCCCUUUUCGGGUCCCGAAAUCAUGCGAAACGUCCGAUCCCUUUAUACCGCCGAGAGUCCCUGCGUCUCUCCAUAAAACAGAAGAAUUAUUUCCCCAGUGAUCCUUUCAAUCAACCCAUGCUGAAUAAAACGAGCAAAUGCAAAUCAAAAAGCAACAAAGUCAAAGGCCAGAAAAGCCAUAAAAACACAGACAAGACACACGAUCACCUGCUCUGUCUCAGGAGUCGUCAAGGAAAUAACAUGAGAAUCCGUAAGAGAAAUAAGAAAUCAACAGUAAAGAAAAUAGUACUUUCCCAGCAUUAAGCCUGACUCCGUUCCAAAACCGCACCGCGCCAAGUUGAAAUCAAAGGUUAAUGAACCUGCGUAGAUAUGAAUAACAGAUAAAGGAGACGAGCCAUAAAAAUCGAGUUGUGCGUUAAGGAAAAGGAAAUAGAAACCGGCGCGUGUUUUUAGCGCUCCCUUGAUAAGAGAUGAAGCAAGGAAAAAGUUGUCGAAAUCAAAAGAAGAAGAAAAAUCGUUUCGUCAUCGCAAAUGUAAUUAAUACACGCUGUCCUCGUCCGCUCCCUGGGAGGUCAUCGAAGGGGUCGAUGCGUUGGAGGAAGCUUCGUCGCCCACAUAGCCGAUUAAGGCUUCUGAAUGCAGUUUGCAAGAUUCGCCCAUGAGACGCGUGAUUCCCCACACAACAACCUCGUCCAGCAUUGAUCCCCAGAGGCGCGCAACCACGGAGCUGAGGUUGGCAAUGAUGUUCUCAUCAAAGUCCUUGACGAACAGCUGGCGGACCUUGUAAUACAUGGCAACCUCCUCCUGCGUCGCGGGCUCCUCGUCAUGUUCCAGACGAUACAGCCACAGCGUGAGGAUGAUGAUGAGAUCCAGGCCGCACAGCGGGUGCUCGACGCUCCAGUUGGUCGACGAGGUGCGUGCCACCCAGCGGACGCCUUGAACGACGGCCGUCUCGAGGCAGUUGUAGCACUCUUCAAUCACUUUAAUCAUCUCGCUUGAACGCUUGACACGGUCCCGAGCGUGGGACAUGGCAGCGGCCACC